CCACUGUACACUGUCUUAUCUGGAGAAGGACAGUGAAAGAGUAACUAGAGGCCACUGCAGGCUUCUGUAGCGGUGCGUUCUUCGUAUCUUAAACAUGACAGACAUUCAGCAGUUUACCGAGUGGAUCGACAUCAAGAUUUUUUUGGUGUUUGCGAGUGUUUUUGUCCUUUUCGAGUAUGUGAGGAAUAAACCACCGAAGAACUUCCCUCCCGGACCGCUGAGUCUGCCUCUUAUAGGAAACCUGCACAUCAUCGACCCGACGAAGAUCCACUUUCAGUUUGCAGAGUUUGCAGAAAAAUAUGGAAAUAUAUUCAGCGUUCAGAUUUUUGGGCCAAGAGCUGUUAUUGUGAAUGGAUACAAAUUGGUAAAAGAAGUGUAUGUCAACCAAGGGGACAGCUUUGUUGAUCGUCCAGUCUCCGCACUGUUUUAUGACAUUACUGGAGACAAAGGGCUUGUUGCCUCCAAUGGAUAUGCCUGGAAGCAGCAGAGGAGGUUUGCACUUUCAACCCUUCGGAAAUUUGGACUCGGAAAAAAAAGCCUGGAGCCCUCCAUUCACCUGGAAUGCCACUACCUGAAUGAAGCAAUGUCACAUGAACAAGGGAGACCUUUUGAUCCUCAGUUCCUGAUAAACAACGCUGUCUCCAAUAUCAUCUGCAUCCUGGUGUUUGGCGAUCGGUUUGACUACAGUGACAGUGAGUUCCAAGGCCUGCUGAAAACGAUAAACCAGGCUGUGUUUCUGGAGGGAAGCAUCUGGGCUCAGUUGUAUAACAUGUUUCCAUGGAUCAUGCGCCGAGUGCCUGGACCACAUCAGAAAAUACUCCGUCUGUGGGACAAGGUGACUGACUAUGUCCGAGCCAAGAUAGAAGAGCACAGAAUGGACUGUGACCCCUCAAAUCCACGAGACUACAUUGACUGCUUCCUUGGGCAGAUGGAAAAGUGGAAAGAUGAUGAGGCCGCUGGUUUCAGCUUGGAAAACUUAUGUUUUUGCACAUUGGAUCUGUUUGUUGCUGGGACUGAGACCACAGCCACUACUAUAUACUGGAGCCUGCUGUUUAUGAUCAAAUAUCCUGAGAUACAGGCCAAAGUUCAGGCCGAGAUUGACCGGGUGGUAGGGUCUUCACGACAGCCGUCUAUGCUGGACAAAGAGAAUCUCCCUUACACAAACGCGGUUAUCCAUGAGAUCCAGAGGAUGGGAAACAUCGUCCCACUUAACUUGGCUCGGACCGCCGGGAAGGACAUCCAGAUAGGAGAAUAUACAAUUCCAAAGGGUACGAUGGUCUUCGGCAACCUGACGUCAGUUCUGUUUGAUGAAGGAGAGUGGGAGACCCCUCAGUCCUUUAAUCCACGUCACUUCCUGGACGAUCAGGGCAACUUCAGGAGGAGAGAGGCCUUCAUGCCAUUUUCUGCAGGAAAGAGGGUGUGUCUCGGUGAGCAGCUGGCUCGUAUGGAGCUCUUCCUGUUCUUUACUUCUCUGCUGCAGCGCUUCACUUUCAAACCACCAGAGGACAUCGAGCCCAGUCUGGAGUACAAAUUAGGGGCCACACACAGUCCUAAACCAUACCAGUUCUGUGCCGUCCCACGCUGACACACACACUCACACACGAGAAAGCCAAUGCUUGAAUAUUUUAAUUAUUCCGUUAAUCAUGUCUUGGUCUUGCCCUGCGAUGGACUGGCGACCUGUCCAGGGUGUAUCCUGCC